AUGAUUCAAGAUGCUGCCGCCAUUGCUAGACGGAACAGAUCUUAUCCUGGUGACUUUGGUAUGCACCAGAUUGCUUGGUUGCCUGAUGGAGAAGCAUACAUUCACACCCUACACCCUGCGAUCAAAAGUAGUCGCAUGAGCUAUACUGUUAUCGGGUGCGGAGAGUUCUACGACGCGGCUGAAAAGCCACUUAUGUGCCCGUGGCUGGGGAAAGAUAAAUCCACAAACAAAGUUGUCGUCGGAAACCCAGACGCAAAGACGGGCAUCUCUUCUCGAGUGGACGUUGCGAAAUUCGUCGUUGCGACGCUCCGUCACCCCGAGAUAUCAGAAAACAGAAUUCUAGGUUUCCACAGCGACCAUAUCUCACAUAGAGAAAUGGCACAUAUCCUAGAGAACAACAUAGGAAAGCCCGUCAAGCUAAACAUGAUCUCAAUGCAAGAGAUGCAGGAUAUUCUGAAAAACCCCCCAUCUGCGCCGCAGGAGGGGCAGCACGGAAAUACCUUCCCAGGCAACUUUUUAAUGACGGUGCGAUAUCUUCAAGGCCAUGGCAUGUUUUGGAGACCGUCCGGCAUGCUGCAUAAUGAUCUGUUCCCUGAAGUGAAGACUGUAUGUUUCAAUGAAUACAUGAAGAAUCUUACUUCCGAUCGCGACAAGUGA